AAAGCCUCCUGUCACCCAGGCUUGUUUAACGUUCCUCUGUCGGUCUUUGAUACCUUCUCCCAGGCUUCGCUCCCUCUAACGGUGCGUGUUCUCUCUAAGGCCUUCAGGCCUCACAGCAUGAAGCAGGAACCAUGGGCUUUCUGGAAAACUACCAGGAGAUCGACCCCGUCACUUUGAACCUUUGCAUCCUCAUCGCCAGCUACGUUAUCUUGCUCCUGGUCUUCCUGAUAUCCUGUAUCAUGUAUGACUGCCGGGGCAAAGAUCCUACCAAGGAGUACGCCCCGGACCCGCAGCCAACCCAGUCUCCCAUCAGGCUGGUGGUGAUGCAGAGCUCUCCAGCCUCGGUGGGACGGUGGGACACGACCAACAUGAUCACGACGUACCACGAGCCUACGCACUCGGACUUUAGGGAGAAGAAGAGCACGAUGGUCUGAGGGACACUCAGAGGACUCACCUUUGUACAUAAUUGACUUCUUUUUUUUUGUUUUAUACAUACAUUUUCUUUUUACACUUUCUUGCUUGGAAA